ACAGGAUUUGCAACGGUUAGUCGAAACAGUGGUUCAAGAGCUUUGAAAGUGACUCACGGAGUACUCAACGCGGUGGCAUGGGGCUUUCUCCUUCCAGCUGGAGCAGUAACAGCUCGAUACCUCCGCCAAAUGCAAUCGAUCGGACCAACUUGGUUCUACAUUCACGCAACCAUACAGCUAAGUGGUUUCCUCCUUGGAACUAUUGGCUUCUCCAUUGGAAUUGCGCUCGGACGGAACUCUCCCGGAGUGACCUACGGGUUACAUCGUAGCCUCGGGAUAGCUACGUUCACUGCAGCGGCGCUGCAAACACUGGCUUUACUGUUCAGACCAAAGACGACCAACAAGUUCCGGAGAUACUGGAAGUCUUACCAUCAUUUUGUUGGGUAUGCAUGUGUGGUGAUGGGUGUGGUGAAUGUGUUCCAAGGGUUCGAGGUGUUGAGGGAAGGUCGAUCAUACGCGAAGCUUGGUUAUUGUCUGUGUCUGUCGACGCUGGUUGGUGUCUGCGUGGCCAUGGAAGUGAACUCGUGGGUUGUGUUUUGUCGCAAGGCUAAAGAGGAGAAGAUGAAGAGAGAUGGUUUGACUGACGAUAGAUGCAGCAGUGGGAUUCAUAGUUAGGUCUUGGAUUAAAAAAAUCUCAUGUACAAUGUACAUUUUUGAGGUGUUCCAUCACUGUUCAUAUAAGAUCUAGAUCUUGAUUUUGUUAUAUUUCAAUAUGCUAAAUGAUCAGAUAUGAGGAAUUUUUCAGAUAA